GCACUUUCGGCGAUCAGUCGGAAGUGGACAACUAGAAUGGCGAAAUUCCUCAAACAUCUAGGUAUUGGCUCGAAGAAGGCUCCUCCACAACCACCAACUAGGGACUAUUUGUCUGAUUAUACGACACCUCAAGCGUGUACAACUUGCGUUGCUUCAGAUCGACCAUCCACUGAUUCAGUUUCAGGAGCAUCUCCAGUCAGAGAAAGCGUCUGCUCCAAGCAGAAACAUAGUCCCCAAAAGGAGCCAAGAAAUGUAAAAAAUACAGUAAAUAUUGAUUGUCAAAUACCACCAAUUGUUGAUGAAUAUAGCGAUCCUAUAGAUUUAAAAACUACUGAUGGAUUGUCUUCUCAAAUUAGCAAUGAAGAUGAUUAUACAGAGCCAUACGAAGCCCUGAAGCUUUUACAAAAAAAACAAGAGGAAAAUGGAAAGAGAUCUCGUGAUAAUGCUUAUGAAGAUACCUUGCCAAUAGCAUCUGCCAAUGCUCCCAUUCAAAAACUACCUGCUCCAAAUACAUCAAUCCCACCGACAAUAGGCCAGUCAAACGUCGAUCAAAGACCCAAACAAGAUUAUGAUGAACCAUGGACUGAUAAUAAAGCAGCUUUGCGAAACAAACUUGUUAUUUCGAAUGACGACGAUCACGCCUAUACUCAUUUAAAACGUGAUAGAGUAAGAGAAAUUGGUAAUACUUCUAGCCAUGACGAAUCGCUGGAUCGUUCACCUAACAAGAAAGAAUUAGAAGGAAAAAUAAAAAAAGCAAAUGAUAGACGACCAGUAGACGAUUACGAUAAACCUUGGGAUCAAUCAAGAUUAUCGCAAAUUUCGAGUGAAAAAUCAAGAGAUUCAAGGCCUGAUGAAGACUACGAUGAACCUUGGGAUAACAACGCCCUAAUGGCUAGGCUAAAUCUCGGUUUCGAGUGUAAUACGAGCUUACCACUGGAACAACAAAAGUGGUAUCAUGGUGCAAUAUCAAGACUAGAAGCUGAGAAAAGACUAAAAUAUCACCGUGAAGGCAGCUUUCUAAUUCGACGUAGUGAGAGUGAUAGAAGCGAUCAUUCUUUAUCUUUAAAAAGUAGUCACGGAUUUAUGCAUAUGAAAAUCGUCAUUAGGGAUAAUUGCUACAUACUUGGACAAUUUUCUCAACCUUUUCAAAAUAUACCGCAAAUGGUUCAACACUAUUCGUUGAACAAACUACCAAUUAAAGGGGCCGAGCAUACGUCUCUCUUAUAUCCAGUUAAAGGCCAAUAG